CACAAAACGUCAACUGCAUAUUCAUUAUGCAGUAUCGUUUCGCAUUGGCCACAAAAACGGGACUGUUCUAAAAAAUUCGCCGUUCUCUCUCUGUCAGUUCACUAUGCUUCUCUAUUUAUACACGGUACGUGCUUCGUGAACAGAGCAACACAUCCAACAGAAAUUUGUGAUACACAAACAGAGCAAAAAUGACUGUCCUCAACAACGGCAAUACGGAAUCGUAUGUCAAAAUUCCCAAAAUAAAGUUCACAAAAUUGUUCAUCAAUGGAGAGUUCGUUGACUCCGUUUCAGGGAAGACCUUUGAGACAGUAGAUCCGAGAACUGAAGAAGUGAUAGCAAGAAUUGCAGCAGGAGACAAGGAAGAUGUUGAUUUGGCUGUCAAGGCUGCUCGUGAGGCUUUUGAUCACGGCCCAUGGCCUCGCUUGCCUGGAUGUGAAAGAAGAAGGUUAAUGUUGAAAUUCGCAGACUUAAUUAAUGAGAACGUAGAAGAAUUAGCUGCCUUAGAUACAGUUGAUGCCGGAAAAUUAUAUGACUUGGGCAAGAUAGUAGACAUUCCUGGCGCUGCAGAAACUAUCCGUUACUAUGCAGGUGCAGCCGAUAAAAUCCAUGGUGCAACUUUGAAAAUGUCAAGGGAUCUACAAGCAUAUACGUUGCACGAGCCUGUAGGUGUUGUGGGUCACAUCAUCCCGUGGAACUUCCCGAGUCAAAUGUUUGUCAUGAAAGUGGGCCCAGCCUUGGCUGCUGGAUGUACCAUGGUUGUCAAGCCUGCUGAACAAACACCUCUUUCAGCACUUUAUUAUGCUCAUUUAGCUAAGCUGGCUGGUAUCCCGGAUGGAGUGCUUAAUGUGAUAACAGGACAUGGAUCUACAGCUGGUGCAGCCAUUAGUUCUCACAUGGACAUUGAUAAGGUUAGUUUUACGGGAUCUACAGAAGUUGGGCGUCUCGUAAUGCAGGCUGCAGCAGCAAGCAACUUGAAACCUGUCUCAUUAGAACUGGGAGGAAAGUCCCCUUUUAUAAUUUUCGAUGAUGUGGAUGUCGAUAAAGUUUCUGAUCUUGCUCUCCAGGGAUCUUUUCACAACAAGGGGGAAAUAUGUGUGGCUGGUUCUCGUGUUUUUGUUCAAGAAGGGAUAUACGAUAAAUUUCUCGUUAAAUUGGCAGAGAAGGUGAAAUCAUGGGUUGUUGGGGAUCCUUUUAAUCCAAAAGUUCAUCAAGGACCUCAAGUUGAUAAGCAACAAUAUGACAAGAUACUUUCAUACAUCGACCAUGGGAAGAAGGGAGGCGCUACUUUGUUAAGUGGUGGCAAGCCGGGUGGAGAAAAGGGAUAUUAUAUUGAACCAACAAUUUUCACUGAUGUCACGGAUGAUAUGAUCAUCGCAAAGGAAGAAAUAUUUGGACCUGUUAUGUCGGUUCUAAAAUUCAAGACUGUUGACGAGGUGAUCAAGAGAGCUAAUGCCACUAAGUAUGGACUAGCGGCUGGCAUCAUGACCAAUGACUUGAACACGGCCAACACAGUAUCGAGAUCAAUCCGUGCAGGUGUCAUUUGGAUCAACUGUUAUUUUGCUUUCGACAGAGACCUCCCAUAUGGCGGUUAUAAAAUGAGCGGUUUUGAGAGGGACUUUGGAUUGGAAGCGCUCUAUAAGUAUUUGCACGUUAAAUCUGUAGCUACCCCAAUCCACAAUUCUCCGUGGCUGUAAAUUUGUUUCGCUCUUCGACAGAAGCUUGAAGAGAAAUUUCCACGAUGUAGCUUGUGGUGAUGCUUUUAUUCCGUAACGCUGCGCAAAAUAAACAGUAAUCUUUUUCUUCAUAUGAUCUUGACAAUGUUGUUUGUAAUUUAUAUAAAGUUUUUGGCAUUUCAGAUGUAAUAAUGAUUUUCCAUAUUAGUGAAUCUUGCCAAUAUUGUCCUUUGUUACCGA